CCCCCGGCCUGGAUGGUGUUGGCGGGGCGGCGGGGGGGGGGGGGGGUCGAUCACGUGCUGCAUGUGAUGCCAAUUAAAAGUUAAGGUCGCUCUCUGGUGUUUGAUGUGAUUGGAGGUGACACGCAGAAUGCGAGAAUAUGACACGUUAAUCUCCGAUUUCAAAACACCCUCCUUUUGGUAUGUUUUUUUUCAGACAAACAGUCAUUUUGGCUCCCAGCAGUUUAGGGGCCAAAGUUCAGUGUGGAGAAAGUGGAACCUGGUAAUCAAACGAGUUUUAUCAGUCAUUCCGAGGGUCCCUCUGUCCCUGUUUUCCUGUGCUUUUCGCCACUUGGCCACCGUUGGCACAGGAGGCCGCGGGGGCCAGAUCUGACUGUCAUUGUGCGGUCAGUCUGUAAUUACGCACACGGUCCACGUUGUACUGGUGGCUUCCUCUUCCAGUGCAGUUCCACAUCAGACCCCACUGAUCGCUGUCUGUUCCCUGUCGGAAUUGCUUCACCGGAUACCGAUUGUGCAGCUGCCGAAUGCCAGGUGCUGGGCUGGACGCGUCAUUUGCUUCCAGGGCCCGGGCGCUGCCGUCCUGGGACAGAGGCUGCCCCUGGGGAGCCAGUGAGGCCCGGGGCUGCGGGGUUAAGGCGCGUUAACCACCCACCCACUUGGUUCCCUGUGGGGUGGGCUCUCCGUUCCACAGCGAAUCGAGUUUACCGACAGUGUUCAGAAUUCGGGUAGACUGCCUAUUGGGCGCUGUGUUUAACAUCUGUACCUGCGUUCACAGGUUUACUUCUAGACUGCAGAACACAGAGUGAGAAACUCCCUUAGCAAAUGAGCUUACCCCUCCUCUUUCAUAUUGGACCUGAUUUUAGCCUUCACACAUGCAAAAGAUGGUACUUUUCCAAUUGAUUUAACCAAGACACGGCUCCAGAUUCAAGGCCAGACAAAUGACGCAAACUUUAGAGAAAUCCGGUAUCGAGGAAUGUUGCACGCCUUAGUGCGGAUAGGCAGAGAAGAAGGGCUGAGAGCCCUGUAUUCAGGGAUUGCCCCUGCGAUGUUACGCCAGGCUUCCUAUGGCACCAUCAAGAUAGGCACUUACCAGAGCUUGAAGCGACUGUUUGUUGAACACCCAGAAGAUGAAACUCUACUGAUAAAUGUGGUGUGUGGAAUUCUCUCUGGAGUCAUAUCCUCAACCAUCGCUAAUCCAACGGAUGUUUUGAAAAUACGGAUGCAAGCCCAGAGCAGCACCAUUCAAGGGGGAAUGAUAGGCAACUUCAUUAACAUUUACCAGCAGGAGGGAGCGAGAGGAUUGUGGAAGGGCGUGUCCCUUACCGCGCAGAGGGCUGCCAUCGUCGUCGGUGUGGAGCUCCCGGUCUAUGACCUCGCCAAGAAGCACCUGAUUUUCUCGGGCCUGAUGGGAGACACUGUGUAUACCCACCUCCUCUCAAGCUUCACCUGUGGUCUGGCCGGGGCCCUGGCCUCAAACCCGGUGGAUGUUGUGAGAACACGUAUGAUGAAUCAGAGAGUCCUUCGAGACGGCAGGUGCUCGGGCUACAAGGGUACCCUGGACUGCUUGUUCCAGACAUGGAAGAAUGAAGGGUUUUUUGCUCUGUAUAAAGGGUUUUGGCCGAAUUGGUUGAGACUUGGUCCUUGGAAUAUCAUUUUUUUUGUGACCUAUGAGCAGUUGAAGAAAUUGGAUUUGUGACAAGUCCAGGCUGCACGAGACAGCGCUCUGAAAACGCCUGCUUGCGAAACAAUCAAGCUUCCUGUGUUUCACGCUGCUUCUCACUGCUUGGCUCGUCACAGAUUCUGAAGCGUGCGUGAGCAACAGCCGAAGACAGGGUUAGUGCACAUUGCUGUGUGUUGGCAAUGGAUGCUCGGCAUCAAAUGUUUAAUGCCACAAACUGAUAUGCAAACACUGGUCCUUACCAUGGAAGUGCCCUUGGACAUCAAAGACGGCAUGCAAAGUGCGCGUUUCUUGCUAAAGAAAACUUGCAAGAAGAUCAGGAACUGUGAAUUGUUUUCUCCAGGGGACGGUAGCCCCUGUUGCCCUCCAGCGAACAGCUGAGAAUAGCAGAGUGCUCUAGGGAAGCUCGCAGGAACCACGGAAUGGAGCCUCCAAGAGGGUAUUACUGUUCCUGAACUUCUGGGGACGUUUGCUUCUUGUCGGCUGAAGACAUUUCACGCGUGGAGACCUGGCCCUUUCAACUCCAGGUGUAAACAGUGCAGGAAAUAGAUCUCUGGAAUAUUGCACUGCUUUAUAAUUUCCUAUUUUGGCAGGAUCUUUCACUUACAAUAAGUGAUUUUAAGCCUUUGAAGGCUUGACCUUUGUGAGGAAUUGUUACAAAGUAUUAAUAUCUAAACCCAUGAUGGUGUGAUACCUUGGCUUUGAGACUGGCAAGGUUGCUGCUGACGGGAGGGGUUUUUAGCCGCGUGGGUUUGGUCUCAGGUAAUGUUGGUAAUUUGCUCUGAUUUUUAGCCCAGUUUUAUUAUUUCUAGUCUGUAAAAUGGAGAUAUGACAUCCACUGAUGUCGAGGCUCAAAUGAAGAAAAUAGUAGCGGCUAUCACUUGACUUGAGGGUCAGUGUGUUUACAUCAGUCACGCUGUCACCUGGCUCGAAUCCCAGCAUCCACAGUUGGGUGCAAAGGAGAGAGUCGUUCUCACUGGAACCCCCAACAAAGCUUGUUGUUAGAGUCCUUGGGAAAAGAAAGAGCACAGUAUAAGUUACAGUUUUAUUACGUUUUCCUUCGCAAGAUGUUGCGAGUGAAUUGAAGAAUUGGUUUUUCCGGAUUUCCCAGAUUUUCCUUCAGUUCAGGUGAUGUCUGUUCAGAUACUUCCUGUCUUGGGCUUCCUGAUUGGUUUGGAUGGAAAACACUUGCUUGGCAUUUUAAAAAAAACGCUUUCUUUAGUGCCGCACCUGUUUUCUGGUUUCUGGAAGAGGUCCAUAGUGUCUUCCUUUCUUUUUCUAAAGACAACAAAAAUCAUUCUCCCUUCUCUUUCUCUCCUUCAUCUUGUUCCUUUGAAAAUAAAAAGUGACUCCGAGAGCCCUAAGACCUUUAUACACUUCUCGCGGGCUGCCCCAGGGCAGGGAACAUAUUUACUCGGGUACCUUCAGUUCUAGCCUUUGAGAACACUAAAUACACACUUAACUGGGGCUCCCGGGCAGACCCUCCUGCGGGGGCUUGUGCUCAGCAGGUGCCUGGUGUGUCCGGCCACCUCCCUUGAAGCAGAAAAGAAGGAACCCCGGUUUUUCUUAUGGACUGGGCAGUUUUCCUGCCAGUCCCUUCCACUUUACCUUCUUUAUUAGCGUUUACUUGGAGAAACAUUUUGUGAGGCAGAAUUGCAGUUCCAAACCAGAGACAAAGUCGUUAAAAAGAGAGAGGAAGAGGCGGUGGCGUGGCAUGUAGGGGCUAAGGGGUUAAAGACGUAGCUGAAAGUCCGGCUCCCCUGGCCCAAUCUGGAUGGGACUCUGCAGAGCUGAGCUCAUUCGGCUCCCACUCCUGGUACUGAACCGUAUCUUUAGACGGAGAUUUUCUUCCCUCUUACCAAGACAUUCCAUUGAUGUGGUAAGGGCUUUCUCUGGAAAGGCUUUCACUUUUGAGUUCUGUGAGUUUAAAGGAUUACUUUUUAAGAGUUCCCCCUUUUUUUUUUAACAAAGAAAACAUAUAUUUUUAAGUGUACAUAUAAUUUCUAAAACAGUAGAAGCAAAUCCUUUUGAAGACCGGAAAGAGUCAACGUCCUGCAACAUUCAUUAUGUCAAUUUAUUCAAAUUAUGCAUAUGUUCAUACCAGGAUGAGAAGAAACUCAAACCUCACCAUAACACCUGAGCAUGUUUUUGAGACAAAAAUAGAGUAUUUCUCCAGUGUAGCUUUAUUAAACACAUUAUACAGAACAGGAUCUUAACCUGUUUUGGUUUUUCUGUUUCUUGAAAGAGUUCACGCAGUUGCCAUGCUCCUAACCAAGAAAGAACUCAGGGACUUGGAGACUCGGUUCCCUUAUUUUCAGGGGUGUGGCUACAAGUCCCCCCACCUCCUUGGAUAUUGCUUAAAUGUGGCAAAAGGAUUUUUAGCUUUUAUAACUAAAAUGAAGAUAACGGAUUUUUUUUUGUUUGCUUGUGGAUUUGUGUAAUCAUUGAUGAUAAUUGUUGCUGAUCUGUGAUCUAAAAAUGGCCCCUGUUCAUAUUUAUUCAUGAGCUAGAAAUAGUAUGUAUUAUAUAAAAACUAUACAUUUUCAUAAGCCUUUAUAUUUCAGGCUCUUUAUUUAAACAUUGUUGGAAUAUGUGGCAUAAACCUUGUUUCAUUAUUUAAUAAACUGGACUAAUACGUAAUAAUCCAAA